CGGGGGCCCGGCCGCUUCUCUUGCGCAGGCGCGGCUCGCACGGCCUUGGCUUUUCUCCAGCCCCUCCCCCCUCCCUCCUCCAGUCGGAGGGGGUCCCGAGGUGACAGCGCCUGCGGGUCCAGUAGGAGUAGAAAUGGACCGGGGGAAGGCCGGGCGACGGCGAUCUUCACCCGAAAUCGUCACAGGAAGAAAACGAAAAAAGCCUUCUUCUGAGUUAUACAAGAUAAAAGAGAGAUUAAAUGUAAAACCAGAGGAUGUUCACGUUCAGUCAUCCAAACUUAGACGCUCAGAAUGCUGGGAUCUCCCUCUGCAGGUGUGGAAACGAAGCCUAACAAAUAAGGUCCUUUCUCUAGACCGUAAAAGUAAAAAAGGUGUCCAUGGCCAUGGCUGUCCUGUUACUUCUAAGACAUCAUCACAAAGGCAACUCAAAGUUAUGUUGACGAAUGUGCUAUGGACGGAUUUAGGACGAAAAUUCAGAAAGGUUCUGCCUAGAAACGAUGCUAAAUUACGUGAUGCCAACAAGGCGCUCUCAGACUCCCUGCCUUCGACUUCUGUUGACAGCUUAGAGACAUUUCAGAAAUUAGAAACUCUCCACCAAAGCCUUAAUUUAUCUGAAAGGAUACCCAGAGUUAUAUUGACUAAUGUCCUGGGAACAGAGUUAGGAAGAAAAUACAUAAAGACCUCAUGUAUAACUGAGACCAGUUUGGGGGAUACGGACAACUUGAAAUCACAUCAGCUUUCUUCACCACCCGAUGACAGCCCAGAAUCUUGUCAAAAAGAAAAUCCUCACAAGAACUCAUUUUUAUCUGAGAGGAAUUCACAACCAAGUAUGACAGAUAAUAGUUUUACAAAGCAUGCUCUAAACACUGUAAAAAAGCAAAGAGAUAAUGAUGGAAUUUCUCCUGUAAUCACUGAUGUUCAGCCUAAAGACCUUAAUAGUGAAAGUAGAGGGUGUGAUCAAUCUGAAGAAGGGAGCAGAAACAAGAAAGACAAAUAUUCUGACUCAAAAAUGGAACCUACUCUGAUUUCCAGGAAGAGAAAGAAGAAGCUUAGAAGUAAUUUACCUGAUUUUCAUGAUUCUGCUGCAUCUUUAAACAAACCAGCAGAGCAGACAAAAGAAAAUGACUCAAUAGAAUCCACCGACUUCGAAAUGUCCAAUAAAAAUCAUCACCAAGACCCAAAACUGCGUGAAGAAAUUAUGCCUGAAACUAUAGAAAGUGAUUUCACUAAGCUGCCCUCACUGAAUAGCCGCAAGCUGACUUUCAACCCUGUGCUGAAUAGUACCUCUGAGUGCUCAACCACAGAAACUCUGGAGAAUUCUAUUUCUACAGUGAUUGUGGGGCAUUCUUCCCUGAUUGAAGAUGAGAAUGAAUUUAAAACAAGAGACAAAUCUCUGUUAAGUGAACACAAUGAAGGAAACCCAUCAGCAAUGUCAGCUGAAACAAUUGUUGUUUCCAGCGAUGAGGAAGGACCGGUUGAAAAUAAAAGUUCAGAAAUUCUAAAAUUACAAGCUGAGCAAGACCAUGCCAUCACUAGUGAAAACGAGGAAACUUCUGAAUCAGCAUUGUCGGAACUACCUGUGAUUACAUAUGAACCUGUUCAGGUCUCAUCUGAGUUAUGUUCAUAUAAUCCAGUUAUGGAAAAUAUUUCUUAUAUUAUACCAACUAAUGAGAUGAAUCUACACCUGGAUUUUUUGUUUACUUAUAUUUAUAUUGGAAAAAUAAAAGGAACUUCUAAAGGAUGUGUUACACUCACAACCAAGUAUGUUAAGAUUCCAUUUCAAGUGUCCCUAAAUGAGGUUUUAUUGUUAAUAGAUACUUCACAUAUAAAGAGAUUUGGGUUAUGGAAAAGUAAGAAUGAUGAGCACAGUAAAAGGAGUCACGCUAUCCUUUUCCUCUGGGUCUCUUCCGAUUAUCUUCAAGAUAUUGAGAUACAGUUUGAAAAUUCUACAGUAAACCAGAAAUCAAGAUCCAAUGAAUUUAUUUUCCUUGAGCUAUACAAUCCUGUUUCACAAAGAGAAGAAUUAAAGCUGAAGGAUAUUAUGACUGAAAUAAGUACAGCCAAUGGAGACUUAGAACUUCUUUAUCCAUUGUCUUGGGUUCAGGCACUUCCUUUACUUCAGACCCUUUCUUCAAAAGAAAGUUCUUUUAUACAUUAUUACUGUGCUUCGACUUAUUCUAUCCCUGUUUCUACUGCUGCUGCUGCUGAAGAAAUGAAGAUGAAAUCAUUAUAUCAGCUCACAGAUACAAAUACAGCUAAGCCUACUUACACCUUCCUGCAGCGGCAAAGCAGUGGUUGCUACUCUCUUUCUAUCAUGUCUAACCCAGAUGAGGAAUGGCAAGAAGUCAGGCACACUGGACCAGUUCAGAAAUUGAUUGUAUAUCCUCCACCACCUACUAAAGGAGGAUUAGGAGUUACUAAUGAAGAUUUGGAGUGCUUAGAAGAAGGAGAGUUUCUUAAUGACGUAAUCAUUGAUUUCUAUCUUAAAUAUCUUAUAUUGGAGAAGGCAUCAGAUGAACUUGUUGAACGAAGUCACAUUUUUAGUAGCUUUUUUUAUAAAUGUUUGACAAGAAAGGAAAAUAAUUUAACAGAAGAUAAUCCAAAUCUUUCAAUGGCACAGAGAAGACAUAAAAGAGUAAGAACAUGGACUCGUCAUAUAAACAUCUUCAAUAAAGAUUACAUCUUUGUGCCUGUAAAUGAGUCGUCUCACUGGUAUCUUGCUGUCAUUUGUUUUCCAUGGCUAGAAGAAGCCGUGUAUGAAGAUUUUCCUCAAACUGUAUCCCAGUACUCCCAGACUCAGCAAUCCCAAUGCUUCCAGGUUCAGCAGUCCCAAGAGGAGAACAAAGCGAAACAUCAUGAUCUACACCCUACUUCAACGCAAUCCCUGGGUACCAAGGAUUCCCAAAGUAUGGAGACAAGUAUGUCAGCACCAAAGAGAAUGUGUAAAAGGCCAUGUAUCCUCAUAUUAGACUCCUUGAAAGCUGUCUCUAUACAAAACACGGUUCAGAAUUUACGAGAGUAUUUAGAAGUAGAGUGGGAAGUUAAACGAAAAACUCGUCGUGAAUUCAGCAAAGCGAACAUGGUGGACCUAUGCCCUAAAGUUCCUAAACAAGAUAAUAGUAGUGAUUGUGGAGUAUAUUUACUGCAAUAUGUUGAAAGCUUCCUUAAGGAUCCUAUUGUUAACUUUGAAUUUCCAAUUCAUUUGGAGAAGUGGUUUCCUCGUCAUGUGAUCAAGACCAAACGGGAAGAUAUUCGAGAGCUCAUCUUGAAACUCCACUUACAGCAGCAGAAGGGCAGCAGUAGCUAGUUAAUCUGUGCAGACCUGACACAGAUGCUCUAGACGAUUACCAGAAAGCUGCUUACCAGCAUUUGUCUUAGCCAGCUCACAGAGAAGAAAUAACCUGGAGUAAUUUUUUUAAGUCAUUGAACAUUAUUUAAAAUACUUAACACAUAUUAUUAGAAUCGUUGGACUCUUAUAGAAGAUAUAGAAAUGGGGGUUAUAUAGAUAGACUUACGAGAUAGAAGUGAAGAUUUCUUAAAUAUUUGCUAUUUUUCUGAUAAAUAUGCUUGGAUUACGCAAUUGCACAUGUAAUGUGGGGAUGUUUUUGUAGAUACUGAAACUCUGUGAUCUGUACUUGCCACGUGACUGGGAGUUGAGGGCAGUGAAGUCCUUCCUAGCGCCAGCCCCAGUGCUUGUCAGAUUUGUUGAUCAGCCACAUUAUAUUGUAAUUGUCAUUUUAUUCUUUGCAGCUCAAGCAUGCAGUAUGAAUACUGUGUAUUUUGUUUUUAAAAAAAAGAAUUUAGUGUCGAGGCUUCAGAAAAUGCCAUUUACGGCAUCCCUUCUGUACAGUAUAGAAAAGACAUAAUGUUAGGGGGAUGAGAAAAGUCACUUUUCAAGCUCAGCUCGUUUUUCUCCAUUGCUAAGUAGGUAGGAUCAUUACUCUGUUCUAAUAAUUUCCCCCAUUUAUUUUAUCCUAUGUGGGGAUCUGAGAUUGCGUUUUUUCAUGUAAGCUGAAAAUUUAAAAACAAAAAUGUAACUGUUCAGAUAUAUUACAAAUUAUUUAUGUAGCUCAACUUAGUUUAUUUGAAGUAUAGUUAUAUACAGACUCCUGAAUUUUCCCAGAAUAUAUAUAUAUACAGUUUCUAUACAUGUAGAAGAUAAAAUUGGUGUCCUCAUAAUUUUACUUAAGAAAUACCCUUAAAAACAUAUAAUUGUUAGACUAAAUAUGUAUAAUUUUUUAGCUUUGUCUACCCAGUAUUCAUCCACAAGGUCAGAUUUCUCUCAUUCCUUCUAUAUUUUUAAAUUGUAGGUUGUAGAGGUCUUUGCUCUCCAUGGAGCACAAUAUUUUAUUAAAUGUUUAGGUAACAUGAAUUCUCAUGGUGAUGAUAUAUGAUUAAAUAUUUCACAACUUUUGGUGUUAUCAAGAAUAUUUUAGGGAAUUAUUAUUCUCUGAUAAGAAAAUUAUUGAUAAUAUCUUAAAAAUAGAUUUCAAUCUCGUUUUAAACAACUCUUAAAUUUACACUUUAACUUCCUAUAAACAGUGAAGCAAGAUAGAACUCAAAAUUGGAGCAUUUUGCUUAAAAAUCAUGUGAAUCGAGACCAUCAGUUAAGCCUCAGUGUCCUUAAACCUUGUUAAUCAUGUGACCAUCUUUGUGUUCUUAGAGAAUUUUGUUUUUGUCAUUUUAAUUUUUUAGAUUUCCUAUAAAGAUGGUAAUAAUCAAGUGUUUAAUUUCCAGUUUCUGUGUGGGGAGGGUGGGGGCUUUUUAAGGUGACUUUUUUGUAUAUCUCAUUUGGGGAAGCAAGAAUAUAAGACAUCUUGUGACUUCUUAACCUUUUUUGUUCUUCUCAAAGACACUUGUUCUGGAUUAUGUUUUGGAGACUGUUUAAAAUUCAAUUUCCUAAAUUCUUGUGGAAAUAAUGUUUUGAGAAUAUCAAUAUUUUAUAUUAAACCAUGUUUCAAUUCA